GAGAGAUCUGUGAGAUCUGUCAGUCGUCAGCAAGUCGUCAGUCAGAGGGUGAAACAACUUGUAAACACUUAUUGUGUAUCCUUAUCGUUUCCAUGUCAAGUAUUAAUCAUUUCACGAUUUACGGUGCGACCUUGGUUAUUCGUAUUAUCCUGAGACAAGACAGUUCCAUGUGCUUAAUAUAGCUAAUUGAUUUCUACGCUUAUGAAAAAAACAAAAUUAAGAAUGAAGGAUCAGCGGUCGGAUUUAUGCUCCCAAUAUAUAAAAAUAUUCAUUGUAGUUUCUUGCUAUUGGAUAGUAUCAAUAGUAACAGUUUUUGUAAACAAAGCCCUCCUGAGCGGCCAGGCUGUGCCUCUAGAAGCACCACUGUUCAUCACAUGGUUCCAAUGCAUCAUUUCAUUCACUAUCUGCUCAAGUUUGAGCAAAACUGGAGGUAUCCUGGGAGUAUUUGCAUUUCCUAAAGGCUCACCUUGGAACUGGGAUGUAGUGAAAAAGGUAAUCCCCCUAUCAAUAAUGUUCACACUGAUGAUAGCAACCAACAACCUGUGCCUGAAGUAUGUAGAGGUCUCAUUCUACUACAUAGGGCGGUCUCUAACUACAGUAUUCAAUGUUUUACUGACAUGGGUCCUGCUUGGGCAGGCCACCUCGUCGCGGUGUGUUAUGUGCUGCGCUUUCAUCAUCUUCGGGUUCUACCUUGGUGUAGAUCAGGAGAAUUUGUUAGGUUCAUUUUCUCUCAUCGGUACAAUAUACGGAGUCGUCGGCUCACUGAUGCUCUCUCUAUAUUCAAUUUACACCAAGAAAGUGCUCCCGCACGUCAACCAAGAAGUAUGGUUGCUUUCCUACUAUAACAACGCGUAUUCUAUCAUUCUCUUUCUCCCUCUAAUGGCGAUGAAUGGUGAGCUGCAGGCAUUAAGAAACUAUACGAACUUCGGUAGCACAUAUUUUUGGGUGCAGAUGGUCAUAGGUGGCAUCUGUGGAUUUGCUAUUGGAUAUGUCACAUCUCUUCAAAUAAAGGUGACAUCGCCCCUUACACACAACAUAUCAGGCACAGCCAAGGCCUGUGCCCAAACUGUCAUAGCAACCCAAUGGUACAGCGAGACCAAGAACACGCUAUGGUGGUCCUCGAACAUCAUAGUACUAGCCAGCAGUGCAUUGUACGCUCGUUUCAAGCAACUUGAAAUGGAGGAACAUUCCAGAAAAUCGGUGCCUGAAGACAGGAAGACGUUAGUGUAAUUAAAUCAAGACUGAUAAUGUAUGUCCAAUUUGUAUUUUUAUUGGAUUAAUGAUUCAUGUCAUAAUAAAUUCAGUGCAAUUAGAUGUA